AUGUCUGAUACCGAGAAGAAAGUCAGAGUGUCUGGCGAACAGCAGCGGCCUGCAGAGGCGGCACUGCCAACUACGAGUCCUAUUGCAGAGAAAGCAGAACCUCCGAAGCCAUCGCUGCAUCCUGCCGCCUACGUGGUAACAUGGAUUGGCUUCAGUGGUGGUGUCAUUCUUUUCAACAAAUGGCUUCUGGACACUCUCGGAUUUCACUUCCCCAUCUCUCUAACUGCCUGGCACAUGAUCUUUGCGACUAUCAUGACACAGAUACUUGCUCGAACUACCACUCUGCUUGAUGGCAGGAAGACUGUCAAGAUGACUGGCCGGGUCUACAUGCGCGCCAUACUACCCAUCGGCUUCUUCUUCAGUCUCAGCCUGAUAUGUGGCAACCAGGCAUACUUGUACCUUUCUGUGGCUUUCAUACAAAUGCUGAAGGCCACUAUGCCCGUCGCGGUGCUUAUCGCAUCUUGGUCCCUCGGCGUUGCUCCAGUCAACCUGAAGCAACUCGGCAAUGUGUCCUUCAUCGUCGUUGGUGUUGUCAUCGCCUCCAUUGGUGAGAUUGAAUUCAACCUCACUGGCUUCCUCUACCAAGCUGGUGGCAUCACCUUCGAGGCGACCCGAUUAGUCAUGGUCCAGCGUCUGCUUAGCUCUGCUGAGUUCAAGAUGGAUCCUCUGGUCUCUCUGUACUAUUUUGCACCAGUGUGCGCCGUGAUGAACUCACUCGUGGCCUUGGCGCUUGAGGUCCCGAAGAUGACUAUGAAGAACAUCUUCGACGUGGGGCUCGUGAUGUUGGUCGCCAAUGCUAUGGUCGCUUUCCUGUUGAAUGUGUCUGUUGUAUUCUUGAUUGGCAAGACCUCAUCCUUGGUGCUCACUCUUUGCGGUAUCCUCAAGGAUAUUCUGCUGGUGAUGUGCUCCAUGCUUAUCUGGGGAACACAGGUCAGCUUGACCCAGUUCUUUGGCUACUCAAUCGCUCUGGGAGGCCUUCUCUACUACAAGCUAGGCGCCGAUCAGCUCAAGCAACAUGUCAGCCAAGCUGGCCGCUCAUGGGCCGAGUUCGGUGCCAACCGACCCGUUGCGCGGAAGCUUGUGAUCGGAGGUCUGGUGUUCACUACGAUCCUCAUUCUACUCGGCGGACUUGGUCCAACAGUCGCUCCAGGCCAGACUCAGUCGCUCAAGGACUAUCUGAGCUCUGCCGGACUUCCAGGACGCUGA